GCGUGGACCUGAACAGCUCCUGAGGAUUACGCCUCGGUUCAUCUCCGAGCAGGAUGACAGAGCACACACACCGUGCGGACAGCUGGCGGCAGGGCUUGGCAUUAAACCGGCGACGCUACCGCGAGUCAGUCGCAAAAAACACUCGUCAUCCCAUCCCCCGAGUCCAGAAUCCGGCAGAACCACAACAAUAAAAAAAACUGAGACCUGCGAGACGGUCGACACGAGUGGGCGGGAGCUGCGAUUUUAUAACCUGACGUGACGCCGGGAUGCCACCGGAGAAGGAUUUCUUACGUUUUAUUUCAACCUCGGGCGCAGGCCGUCGGUAUCGUAUCCAUAAAUAGGACGCUGAGACACCGAGUCACGAACAUGGGGUUCCUCCACCAGCUCCAUCUCCUCCUCUGGAAGAACAUCUCCUUGAAACGGAGAGGUCCGUGGGUGCUGGCAUUUGAGAUCUUCAUCCCGUUGGUCCUCUUCUUCAUCCUGCUGGGCCUGAGGCAGAAGAAACCCGCCAUCCCUGUCAAGGAAGUGUCCUUCUACAGCGCGGCGCCCCUCACCUCGGCGGGAAUCAUCCCCAUCAUGCAGUCUCUGUGCCCCGACGGACAGAGGGACGCCUUCGGCUUCCUCCAGUACAGCAACUCCACAGUCACCCAGCUGUUGGAGCGGAUCAACGAGGUGGUGGAGCAGAACCAGCUGUUUAGCUCUCAGCGACCCGGUCUGGUCCAGGAGAUGGAGGCCCUGCAGCAACACCUGGACAGCCUGAGGACCUCCCCCCCCGACCUCGACCGCAACCACACCCAAGGCUUCACUCUGUCCAGUGUGUUGCGGAACCAGUCGGUGUUCCAGAGGUUCCUGGUGAGGAACCUUUCUCUGCCAGAGGACGCCGCCCACCUGCUGCUGACCACGCCCAUCAGCCUCCAGGAGGUCUACAGCCUUGUCUUUGGCUCACAUCCCAGAGACACCCGCACCCAGGCCCCAGAUCAGGUCCAGACCCAGACCCAGGGCUCCAAACAUAGCGGAACCAAGGCCGGGGAGGGGGUCCUACACCUGGAGCAGAGGUUGCUGGGGGGUCUCCGGGGUCUAGACGGGGGUCUGCUCCACAAGGCCCUCAGGGACCCUUCGGGAGCGGCCCGCGAUCGGCAGGCUCUGGUCAGGCUGCUGUCCCAGACGCUGGGGCUGGUGGGCGGGGAGGCCCAGCGCUACGCCCCUCAGGAGCUCCAGCAGGUGGAGGGUGUGAUUCUCACCGGAGCCAUUCUCGAAGUCCUGACCUGCGGGGAAGGCGGAGGAGGCGGGAGCAGUGAGCUAGCCAGGCUCCUAUUGGUCCCUGAGAGGCAGCAGUCGCUGCUGGCUGGCUAUCGCAGCAUCCUCUGCGCCGGCGGGGCGGGGCAGCGGAAAGAGCGGUUUGGAGCACUUAGCCAGGUCCUGCGGGAGCAGCUGAAGACUCAGAGCGUGAUUGACAAGCUUCACCUCUUCAACUCCUCCUCGUCGCUCCCCCGCACGCGGCUGGCCGUGCUCCUCAAAGACCUGGCCUACGUGGAGCAGCUCCUCAAGGACGUGGCCCUGCUCUCCGGCCUUGCCCGCCUCCUGCCUCAAGGUGCCUGCGCGGGCCGCGCGCCUCCACCAGGCCACGCCCCUGCCUCCAACGUCACCACCUGGCCGCCCAACUCCACCGCCUGGGGAGGCGGGAUCGGUUCUAACUCCACGGACACGCCCCGGGGCGACGGCGUAGAGGCGGAGGGAGAGGGGAAGGAAGGGGACGGCAGGGGACCGGAAGGCGGGCCGGAGAAAGGGAAGGAGAAGGAGGAGCCCCAGGCAAACCCCAGGUCUCAGUUCUCGGCCUUCGUGCAGCUGUGGGCGGGGCUGCAGCCCAUCCUGUGUGGGAACAACAGGAUCAUCGAGCCCGAGGCGCUGAAGCAGGGGAACAUGAGUUCUCUUGGCUUCACCAGCAAGGAACAGAGGAAUCUAGGCUUACUGGUGCAUCUGAUGACUACAAAUCCCAAGAUCCUCUAUUCCCCAAUCGGUUCUCAGGUGGAUAAAGUCAUUCAGAAGGCCAAUGAGACGUUUGCGUUCGUGGGGAACGUGACGCACUACGCUCGGGUCUGGCUCAACAUCUCUGCCCAGCUCAGGACCUUCCUGGAAGACGGACGUAUGCACGACCACCUGGCCUGGCUACAACAGCUGACCCAGGAGCUGCAGGGCAACCCAGAGCUGCUGAACUCGACGGACAGUGUGCUGAUCCAAGGUCUGCUGGAGGGAAACUACACCCUCCCGAACACCACCACUCUCGUGGAGCAGCUGGACACUAUCGACAACGCCGCCUGUGGCUGGACGCGCUUCAUGUCGAAGGUGAGCGUGGACAUCUUCAAAGGUUUUCCCGACGAGGACAGCAUUGUGAACUACACCCUGAACCAGGCCUACCAGGACAACGUCUCCGUCUUCGCCAGUGUGAUCUUUCAGACCAACAGGGACGGUUCCCUGCCCCCCCACGUUCUCUACAAGAUCCGCCAGAACUCCAGCUUCACGGAGAAGACCAACGAGAUCCGACGCGCCUACUGGCGUCCCGGACCCAACACCGGCGGGAAGUUCUACUUCCUGUACGGUUUUGUCUGGAUACAAGACAUGAUGGAGAGAGCGAUCAUCAACACAUUUGUGGGUCAUGACGUGGUGGAGCCGGGGAACUACGUCCAGAUGUUCCCAUACCCAUGCUACACCCGCGACGAUUUUCUGUUUGUCAUCGAGCACAUGAUGCCUCUGUGCAUGGUGAUCUCCUGGGUGUACUCCGUAGCAAUGAUGAUCCAACACAUCGUCGCCGAGAAGGAGCACCGCCUCAAAGAGGUGAUGAAGAUGAUGGGUCUGAACAAUGCGGUGCACUGGGUGGCCUGGUUCAUCACCGGCUUCGUCCAGCUGUCCAUCUCUGUGACAGCGCUGACCGUCAUCCUAAAGUACGGCCGCGUGCUCCUGCACAGCGACCCCUUCAUCAUCUGGCUCUUCCUCACCAUCUACGCCGUGGCAACCAUCAUGUUCUGCUUCCUGGUGUCGGUGAUCUACUCCAAGGCUAAGCUGGCGUCUGCGUGCGGAGGCAUCGUCUACUUCCUGAGCUACGUGCCCUACAUGUACGUGGCCAUCAGGGAGGAGGUGGCCCACGACAAGAUCACCGCUUUUGAGAAGUGCAUCGCAUCCCUGAUGUCCACCACGGCGUUUGGCCUGGGCUCCAAGUACUUUGCCCUGUACGAGGUGUCCGGGGUGGGGAUCCAGUGGAAGACCAUCCGCCAGUCCCCGGUCGAGGGGGACGACUUCAACCUGGGCCUGUCCAUGAUGAUGCUCAUCAUCGACGCCUGCCUGUACGGAGUGCUCACCUGGUACAUUGAGGCUGUGCAUCCAGGGAUGUACGGACUGCCCCGCCCAUGGUACUUCCCCCUGCAGAAGUCCUAUUGGCUGGGCAGCGGGCGCGUGGAGACCUGGGAUUGGCCGUGGUGUGGGGGCGGGGCCUCCAGGCUGAGCGUAAUGGAGGAGGACCAGGCGUGCGCCAUGGAGCACAGGAGGUCCGAGGAGCAGCGGGGCAUCGAGGAGGAGCCCAGCCACUUGCCCGUGGUGGUGUGUAUCGACAAGCUGACCAAGGUGUACAAGAUGGGCAGCAAGCUGGCCCUGGAUAAGCUGAGCCUCAACCUCCACGAGAACCACGUCAUGUCCUUCCUGGGCCACAAUGGGGCCGGCAAGACCACCACCAUGUCCAUCCUGACUGGCCUUUUCCCGCCCACCUCCGGCUCUGCCACCAUAUAUGGUCACGACAUCCGCACGGAGAUGGAGCUGAUUCGGCAGAACCUGGGCAUGUGCCCGCAGCACAACGUCCUGUUCGACAAGCUGAGCGUCGAGGAGCACCUCUGGUUCUACUCCCGACUCAAGGGCAUGAAGGAGGAGGACAUACGCAAGGAGAUGGACAAGAUGAUCCUGGACCUGGAGUUGUCCAACAAGCGCCACAGCCUGGUGCAGACCCUCUCCGGGGGGAUGAAGAGGAAGCUGUCCGUCGCCAUCGCGUUCGUGGGGGGGUCCCGCGCUGUCAUCUUGGACGAACCCACCGCCGGCGUCGACCCCUACGCCCGGCGCGCCAUCUGGGACCUCAUCCUGAAGUACAAACAGGGUCGAACCAUCCUGCUGUCCACGCACCACAUGGACGAGGCGGACCUCCUGGGUGACCGCAUCGCCAUCAUCUCCCACGGGAAGCUCAAGUGCUGCGGCUCGCCGCUCUUCCUCAAGAGCACGUACGGAGACGGAUACAAGCUCACGCUGGUCAAGAAGCAGAGCGAGGGAACAGACCAGGGGGCACCUCCCCAGCCGCCCUCCCCUCUGUCUCCGUGCUCCGAGGCCAGGGUCACCCAAUUCAUCCGCCAGUUCGUGGCGUCCUGCCAGCUGGUGUCCAACUCCAACACGGAGCUGUCCUACGUGCUGCCGUCCGACGCCGUCAAGAAAGGCUGCUUCGAACGCCUGUUCCAGGCGCUGGAGCAGAGCCUGGACAGCCUGGCUCUGACCAGCUUCGGGGUGAUGGACACCACCCUGGAGGAGGUGUUCCUCAAGGUGUCUGAGGAGGACCAGUCCCUGGAGAACAGCGACGCUGACAUUAAGGACUCCCCCGGGGGCAGCUCCACGGGGAAGCCGGGGGUGGUCUCGGUAGAGGGGCCCGGGGGGCCGACGUCACCCCCGCCAGGCGGUGAGACGGGCCCCCCGGCGUCAGCAGACGAGAGGCGGGAGGUGGAGCUGACCAACCUGGUGAACGGCUCCCGGAUGAGCCCCAGCCAGGCCUCCCUUAGGUCUUCGUCCUCGUCAGUGGGCUCGGUGCGGGGGGACGAGGGGGGGCUGUACACGGACUUCUACGGAGACUACUGCCCCCUGUUUGAGGAGCCGCGGGAAGGAGAGUCAGCCGGCCCGAGAGGGGACGCCAAGAUCCCGCUGUCCCCGGAGGAGGAGCUCUCCGAGGGGCAGGGCGGCGUGAAGCUGGAGGGCUGGUGGCUCCGGCUCCGCCAGUUCCACGGCCUCAUCGUCAAGCGGUUCCACUGCGCCAAGAGGAACACCAAGGGCCUCUUCUCGCAGAUCCUCCUGCCCGCCUUCUUCGUCUGCGUGGCCAUGACCGUGGCGCUCUCCGUCCCCGCCAUCGGAGACCUGCCCCCUCUGAUCCUCUCCCCGUCUCAGUAUCAUAACUACACCCAGCCCCGAGGGAACUUCAUCCCCUACGCUAAUGAGGACAGACCCCAGCACAGGAGCAAGCUCUCCUCCGAUGCCCCGCCCCAGAAGAUCAUCAACACGCUGCGGCUGCUGUCGGGCGUGGGCGCCACCUGUGUCCUCAAGACGCCCCACAACAGCAGCCUGGACAGCACCCUGGACCAGCUGGCCCAGACCCUCAACCCCAGCGCCAACGAGUCCAAGACCCUGGCCGCCCGCUACUUCGACUCCAUGUGUCUGGACUCCUUCACGCAGGGGGUCCCGCUGUCCAACUUCGUCCCCCCGCCGCCGUCGCCGGCGCCCUCCGACGACCCUGACCCCCGCUUCGACGAGGACGGAGUGUGGAACUUCACCACCCCGCCGACGCCCACCGCCGCCCACGAGCCGGUGACGUCUCCCCCCACGCUGCCGCUCUCCAUCCACGAGCCGGUGCGCUGCACCUGCUCCAUGCAGGGCACGGGCUUCUCCUGCCCCAGCGGGGUGGGGGGCCGCCCCCCGCUCAUGAAGGUGGUGACCGGGGACAUCCUGGUGGACAUCACGGGACGCAACGUGUCCGAGUACCUCCUCUUCACGUCGGACCGACUGCGCCUUCACAGAUAUGGCGGGUUAACGGUGGGCAACAUACAGAAAUCCAUCCCAGCAUCCUUUGGGAGGAGGACGCCGCCCAUGGUUCGGAAGAUAGCAGUACGCAGAUCAGCUCAGGUGUUGUACAACAACAAAGGCUACCACAGCAUGCCAACGUACCUCAACGUCCUCAACAACGCCAUCCUACGGGCCAACCUACCGCCGUCCAAAGGAAACCCUGCAGCCUACGGAAUAACACUGACCAACCAUCCGAUGAAUCGUACCAGUGCCAGCCUCUCCCUGGACUACCUUCUGCAGGGCACUGACGUGGUGAUCGCCAUCUUCAUCAUCGUCGCGAUGUCCUUCGUGCCUGCCAGCUUUGUAGUCUUCCUCGUGGCCGAGAAGUCCACCAAAGCCAAACACCUGCAGUUUGUCAGUGGCUGCAACCCCAUCAUCUACUGGCUGGCCAACUACAUCUGGGACAUGAUGAACUACCUGGUUCCGGCCACCUGCUGUGUGCUCAUCCUGUUUGUGUUCGACUUGCCGGCCUACACCUCCCCCACCAACUUCCCUGCUGUCCUCGCUCUCUUCCUGCUCUACGGGUGGUCCAUCACACCCAUCAUGUACCCGGCCUCCUUCUGGUUUGAGGUUCCCAGCACGGCCUACGUCUUCCUCAUCGUCAUCAACCUCUUCAUCGGCAUCACCGCCACUGUCGCCACCUUCCUCCUGCAGCUCUUUGAACACGACAAGGACCUGAAGAGGGUCAACAGCUACUUAAAGUCCUGUUUCCUCAUCUUCCCCAACUACAAUCUGGGUCACGGCCUCAUGGAGAUGGCUUACAACGAGUAUAUCAACGAGUACUACGCCAAGAUAGGUCAGUUUGACAAGAUGAAGUCUCCGUUCGAGUGGGACAUCGUGACACGGGGGCUGGUCGCCAUGACGAUCGAAGGCUUUGUGGGCUUCCUCAUCACUAUACUUUGCCAGUACAACUUCCUGCGUAAACCACCGAGGGUACCAGUUAGCUGUCAGCCAAUCGAUGAUGACGAUGUAGACGUAGCAUGUGAGAGGAGGCGGGUUCUGCGCGGAGAUGCUGACAGCGACAUGUUGAAAAUUGAAAACCUCACGAAGGUGUACAAGUCCCGGAAGAUGGGACGCAUCCUGGCGGUGGAUCGGCUGUGUUUGGGGGUGCGGCCGGGGGAGUGCUUCGGUCUGCUGGGGGUCAACGGGGCGGGGAAAACCAGCACCUUCAAGAUGCUGACCGGAGACGAGAGCACCACGGGAGGGGAGGCCUUCGUCAGCGGGAACAGUAUCUUGAAGGAGCUGCUCCGAGUGCAGCAGACCAUCGGGUACUGCCCCCAGUUCGACGCCCUGUUUGAGGACCUGACGGCCCGGGAGCACCUGGAGCUCUACACACGCCUCCGCGGCAUCUCCUGGAAGGACCAGGACCGGGUGGUUCAGUGGGCGCUAGAUAAACUAGAACUCUCUCAUUACGCAGACAAGCCGGCUGGAACCUACAGUGGUGGUAACAAGCGCAAGCUGUCCACCGCCAUCGCUCUGAUUGGUUACCCCUCUCUCAUCUUCCUGGAUGAGCCCACCACGGGCAUGGACCCCAAGGCUCGCCGCUUCCUCUGGAACCUCAUCCUCGACAUCAUCAAGACGGGACGCUCAGUGGUGCUGACAUCACACAGCAUGGAGGAGUGUGAGGCUCUGUGCACCAGACUGGGCAUCAUGGUGAAUGGCAGGUUCAAGUGUCUGGGCAGCAUCCAGCACCUGAAGAACAGGUUCGGGGACGGCUACAUGAUCACUGUGAGGACAAAGAGCAGCUCCAGUGUGAAGGAGGUGGUCCGCUUCUUCAACAGGAACUUCCCAGAGGCCGUCCUCAAGGAGCGCCAUCACACUAAGGUGCAGUUCCAGCUGCAGUCGGAUCGCCUGUCCCUCGCCCAGGUGUUCAGCAAGAUGGAGCAGGUGGUGGAGGUGCUGGGGAUAGAGGACUACUCCGUCAGCCAGACCACCCUGGACAACGUGUUUGUGAACUUCGCCAAGAAGCAGAGCGACAACCUGGAUCAGCAGGAGAGCUCGCCCUCUGGUGGCGGCCGGUCGCCACUGCAGUGCAUCUUGAGCCUGCUGAGGUCCAGACCAGCCACCACGGAGCUCAGCGCUCUGGUCAGCGAGGAGCCGGAGGAGAUGGAGUCAGACGAUGAUGAGGGACUCAUCAGCUUUGAGGAGGAGAGGGUGCAGCUGUCCUUUAACACAGACACGCUCUGUUGAAAACAAGAGACGCCAGCCAGACAUCGUAGAACUGUUAAAGACGGACCAAGGCAAGUAUAUCGACUACCACAACCCAGAAGAAGGAGCAUAAUAAUGAUAACACGCGCUCCUACGUGAAGAGGACAAAGAGGACCAAAUGGAUGUGUACCGCGCCAGCAAUCCUGCUAGCGGUACCGCGUCACCGCGUCCCAGCGCUCAGUUGUGCGCUGGGAUGAGGAAGUGCAUAGAGAUCUUGAUGAGGCUUCCCAAAGACACGCAGAGAUACAGCGGUUGUGUGGGAAACACAGCAACCACCCCAGCCUAAGAGUGGAGGCCGGGCUGGAUAAAUCAAACAGACCCGGUUUCAUAACAUUGGAGAUGGAGAGAGAAGAAGAGAGAGAGAGAGAGAGAUGGAGAGAAACCUUUAAGACGCACCUUGUCAAUGCUCGACCAUGGAAUGAAGAUUGUUGUUGCGGAAUGUUCCCAGAUUUAUUUUUUUAAGAAUGUACAGUUAAAAAAACGAAGUUCAAAGUAACAAAAUGUUGGUUUGAUUGGUAGGCUUGAGACACACACACACACACAGACACACAGACACACAGACACACACACACACACACACACACACACACACACACACACACACACACACACACACACACAGUGUGGUGGCUUAACGUCUGACAGUAAAUGUAAUCGUGUUGCCCGACCCUACCCCGGCCAAAUGGGACUCCUCUUCCUCCUCCUCUUACUAGGAGGCCCCCCGCCUUGAGAGCAUGCUGAGAUGAUAAAAGAGGUCGUCGUGUCGUGAUACAUUAUAUUUUUAUGUGGCUAGAGGAAUGAUUUAUUUUGGAAUAUAGAAAUGAUAAUCAGAAAUACUGCCUGAGGACCCGACCUGCGUAUGGUUUUAGCUGGCAGUUAUCUAGAAGUUAUGGCAGCAGCGUGCAAACAGAGAGUCAGGAUCGCUUGGAGAGCCAGUCCGUUUUGUUCUAUUGUUUUAUUGAUGUUAAAACGCCCGAGGAAAAUACAGGGACGCUUGGCUGCUUCCUGUCGGUGGAGGAAGUGAGAUGACAGGCCUGUUGGGAAGAGUACCUCCAUCGAUGCAUCUGUUGUAAAGGGUCAUUUAAACACGUCAUCUUGAACAUCUAAACCAAAUGCUCUUUUCCCUUUUUAUUUGUAUUAUUUUUUACUCGCUGGAGUGAACAGGUAACUUCACCUUUAUGUCUACAUUGAAUCCUGCUAAAAUGUAACAAGCGCUUUAUUCUUAAGAUGAUCACUACCACCACUGUGAUACAGAGAACUGGGAUCACACACAAUGCUUUAACCCGAACAUCUAUAAAAGGUAAAACGUGUGUACUAUAUUUCACGAGAGGAAUUUCAGCUCCAAAAGAGACAUCUGUAAUAAUCACACCUUUCUAUUUAACAAGCUGACUGUUUUCUUGGCAUGUGGUUAAACUUCGGGGCGAGUGGCAACUUUGGUUGCAUUGCGUCUUAUCUGCUGUUGCACACCUUGUUUCACUACAAAUUAGUCGAUUUCUUGGUGAUUAUGGGAUGUGUGUGUGCUUUUAUUCUGAAAUCGUCUCGUCUUCACACUGAGAAACUAUUGACUGUUGUGCUUCAUUUAUUUCCGUAGAUUGUAACAGUCAAAGAGAGGCUCCAGCUGAGCUGCUGGUUUUGGUUUUACUCUACAAUGGAAAACUUUCAAGUGUGUUAUUUUCUAAGGGUAAUUUACAUCUGAUCUGAUUUGCAUUUCGGUCAAUCAAACCAUCCAUGUAAGUUAUUGAAUUUUUUUUUGCCAUUUUUUUAUUGGCUUUUAUCUGAAAUAUGUCAACAUCACAACCUUCAACUUGCUCUUGUAAAACAGGAAAGAUCGGAAACUUGUUAGUUGAGUGGAGCACCAUAAGUGAGUGCGAGAGCCGUUAUGGAGCGAAGUAUUUCAGAGACUGCCUACAACACCAGCAACUCAUGGAGUAAGAUGCCAUCAGUGAAAAAAAAAUGAUCCUCGUGAUAUUGAGGCGUUACUUAACUUUGUGAUAAUAUAAAUAUAUACAGUAUGAAUUCCUGAAUGUCUGUAAACGUGAUUUUUUUUUCCUGCAGUGAAGCAUUAUUUACUUUUAAUUAAAAAGAGAAGAUCAAAGACAA